AUGUUUUGUCAAUUCUCGGGCAUUUUGUUGAUAGCCAUCCUGGGCACCGGUUAUGUCUUCGCACAAGACACAACCCCAAAGGGCCCUACUCAGCCAGAUAUUGCAAAAAACUGCAAUUCAUGGCAUACAGUAGGAGCCGGUGAUACGUGUUGGUCCAUUGAAACGAAAUACAAGAUUUCACAUGAGAAGUUCCUCGAAUGGAAUCCAUCCGUCUCGAGUGACUGCCUUACCAACUUCUGGGCAUCGUAUUCCUACUGUGUAGGCAUUGGGGCCCAGCAGAGCACGCCGUCCAGCACAAGUUCGAUAACCAGCCGAAGCAGUAGCAGCAGCAGCAGCAAAGUUGGAGAGACUUCAUCACAUAUGACCACAUCACCAAUAACCAGCACUCUCAAUACAACUUAUUCGGUCCGUGUACCUAUGAAAAGCUGGAAUAUCACCACACCAACAAUGGAUACGGCAUUUCCACCUAAAAGAACCCAGCCAGGACAGCCAGCAUAUUGUCGAAAUUGGUAUUAUGUUACUGCUGGUGAUACUUGCGAAAAUAUCGUCGCUAGUAGUUCGUGGGUAUCAAUGAAAGAAUUCCUCGAAUGGAAUCCAACUAUCAAGAGCGAUUGUUCGGGCUUAUACGUAGGCUGGUGGGUAUGUAUUGGCAUCCAGCCUCAAACGGUGACCGAGACAUUCGAAUACACGAUCACGCCGCCGCCGUUAAGUGUGCCUCCAUCUCCAACAAAAUAUACACCAACAACGUUUCCACCCAUCAAUUCUAGUUUCACAUACACACCAACUCUACCAGACCUUUCAACGGAUUGUGAAGGUUUCCAUCAGGCCACUGCUGGUGAUACAUGCCGGAGCGUCUUGAUGCUGUUCAAUUUCAUCUCACAGGAGCAGUUCUUUAAAUGGAACCCAGGUCUUAAAGGUAAUUGCGACGGAUUGUGGGAAGGCUAUUGGUACUGCAUAGCCGUCAAAGGCUUCACUCCUAUUUUCCCAAGAGUGACGGCCAAGCCCUCUAUAGUACCAGCGGGCCAACCGGGCACCUGCAAUGCGUGGUAUUUAACAACCGACUCAGAGACGUGCAAUGAAAUUUCGAUUAUGUUUGGUACAUUCACCGAAGCAGCUUUCAUUGAAUGGAAUCCCAGCGUUGGGUCCGACUGUGCAAGGAUAAAGCGUGGGGCAUACUAUUGCGUGGGAAUUCCUGGGACACCGACAACUCGUACAGCUCCGCUGCCAACAUAUACAGUUCCAACUGAGACUCCCGUGCAGAGCGGUAUAGCACCUAGUUGUAAUAAAUUGUGGCUGGUUUCCCUGUCUGAUACCUGCGAGUCUAUUUCCAAACAAAGGGGUAUUUCCGAACAACAGUUUUUGGCAUGGAACCCAGCAGUUGGAAAGACAACCUGCGAUAAUUUGGUGCCUGACUUUUAUGUCUGUGUUGGGAUUGAAGCGUCUUCCACUAUAAGCAGCCUCCCUAUCACAUCUGAUUCAACAUUAACGACAGCUGGUCCAUCUCCAACAGAAUCACACACCCCUUCCGCUACUUCAUCUGGCGGUGUUAUUUCCACUCCAGCUCCUGUGCAGGUUCAAUCUGGAGACGGAUGUUGGGAUAUUGCAAAUACGGCCGGAAUUGACUUGAAGUAA